AUGUUUCAACACCAAUCCCACGAAGCGAGCUUCCUUGAGUCCAAGAUAGGGAAAGACUACCGCUUCGCUCUUCCGGGAUUCAACCGGCCGCUCGACUUUGCUCCGAUGGAGAAAAACGUCUAUGGCGUCGAAAGUCGGAGUAUGUUCCCAUCUGCACUGGAUGAUAGAGACAUCCAAGCAGGAUUUGUUGACCUGCCCGUCUUGACCCUCCGCGAGAUGCAUAUGGUGGAGUUUAUGGAGGACCUGACUGAUAUUCCUGAGUGGUGGAAAAAGGUCUUUGACCCUGCCACACAGGAGAAGUGGAAAAAGACCGCCAUGAACAGUGGCAAAGACAUUACGCUCAACAUGGCUGAAUGGAUUAUUGACGAGCUUCAAUUUAAAGCCAUGAUCUACGAGACCACGGAUGUAGUUGCCCUGUACAAUGGCGAUGUCACCAAGUCCGAUACAAACAUACCUAAAUCGCUCGUCGGCGAUAUGGUAUCCAAGUUCUCUAUACUAGAGUACGAGGAGAAGGCAAUGCAGUACUUCUAUCCAGGAAGUCUACACAGAGAGCGUGAUCUCAUUUCCAUGGCAUUGUACCCGCUCGUUUACGGCAAGACCCGCAUUCUCACCGACAGAAUCCUUGGGCUCGACGACGCCCUGAGGAACUCCGGCAGAGGCGAAGUCAUCCCAGUUCCAAAAGAGACUGGAAUAACCAGAGAAGAUAUUGCCUGGCGCGUCUUGUCCCGGGCAGAUAUCAAGGUUCGGCCCUACAACCGGAACUAUCAGAUCCUUCCUUCAGACUGGGAACUCGGCGAUGAUGGAAAAUGGCACAUAGCCACAUACAUUAACAACCUCCACCCAGUCAAACACCGGAACCUCUACAAGCUCAUCGAGGAAGUUUUCAAUUGCAUCGUUCCACAGUGGAACGCAACCUUGACUCCCCUCAAGGACAUGCUCCAUUCCCGUGCCCGAAUCGAAUACCACAAGGCGGAAUAUUAUCCAGUUCCAAAAGAAGUCGCUGCCCAAGCACCUCAGAUAUAUCCAAGAGAGGCGCAGAGUGAGUUUGACGAGCGCACGGAGAAGUGGAGAAUGGAGAACUACCGCUCUAUCCAACCCGACGCAGGCAAGUUCAUUCCCUGGGCAGUUCCACCCUGGUUGAUGGACAAAUUGCCCGAGGACCUGCCCAGUGCGGUUCGGAUUGAGCGCGGCGUCGAUCUCAACCGGGACUACAAAGAGCGCGGACUACAGGUGAUCACACGUCUGUUAGGCAUUGAUCUAACUCCGGAAGAUCCGUCGUUUGAGACAGACUGGCAUGUUGAGGGCACGAUGAACGAGCACAUCUGCGCCGCAGCAUUCGUACCAUACGACCACACCAACAUAAUCGACCCGUUCAUGGAAUUCCGCAACAUAGUAGAAUCCGACACGCUCGGAGAAAUCGAGCACGACCCAAGCGACUUCAUCUGGCUACAGCAAGUCUUUGGUUUGGAAAACGGCGAGCCAGCCAUCCAAUACCCAGGUUCGAUCUGUGCUAAAGUAGGCCGGGUGAUCAUGUACCCGAGCACUAUACAGCACAAGUUCACGCGCUUCGAGCUGAAAGACAAGACUAAGCCUGGGUAUGCGCGAACCGUGGUGUUUUACCUCGUCGAUCCUAACAUCCGCAUCAUCUCCACGGCCAACAUCCCACCGCAGCGUGUAGAUUGGACCAAGGAGCUGUCACCUGGGGAAGGGGUCAAGGAAGGCUUGCAAAGGCUGUCGCUUGAGAAUAUGAAGUCCAAGGGUGAUAUGCCGAUGAGUCUAGAGGAGGCUUUGGAAGCAAGGGUCAAGCUUUUGCAGGAAAUGGAUGAGUUUACUCGCUAUCAGCACGUGGCUUUUGAGUCGAAUGUUUUGAUGCUCUAA